AAGACGAGACGGAAGAAAAAUCUCUCGAACGAACAAAAGCAUCGAACAAGAAAGCUCCGGUGGUUUCGAGUUUGGCGUUUCCAAGCAUCGUCGCAUCAAUGUCAGUAACUUUGCACACGAAUCUGGGUGAUAUCAAGUGUGAGAUCUUCUGUGACGAGGUUCCCAAGAGUGCUGAGAACUUUUUGGCUCUAUGUGCUAGUGGCUACUAUGAUGGUACUAUAUUUCACAGAAAUAUCAAAGGGUUCAUGAUUCAAGGAGGAGACCCAACUGGGACCGGGAAAGGAGGAACUAGCAUCUGGGGAAAGAAAUUCAAUGAUGAGAUUCGAGAGUCCCUUAAGCACAAUGCAAGAGGGAUGCUCUCAAUGGCAAACAGUGGCCCAAACACAAACGGAAGUCAGUUCUUCAUCACCUAUGCAAAACAACCGCAUCUCAAUGGAUCAUACACCAUCUUCGGCAAAGUCAUUCAUGGCUUCGAAGUGCUUGACAUUAUGGAAAAGACUCAAACCGGUCCUGGAGAUAGGCCGCUUGCUGAGAUAAGGCUGAACCGUAUCACUGUCCAUGCCAAUCCACUUGCUGCUUAAGUCAUAUGUUGCAGAAUCGAACCAAGCCGUAUUGUUUCGGUAGAGCUGAUAUGCACAUUCAGACUGAACUAGUUUCACUUAUUAAAAAGUUUGUACCGGAUCUACUAGGGUUCCCCUGUUAUUAUUACACUUUGCACACAAUAUUUUGUCUAGUAUGAGUCAGGUGACGCCUUAUUUACCACGUUCUCACCAUCAUCAUCAUCGAAGUUUGAAGUUCACAAA